GAAAGGCACAGCUCUGCCCGAUGACAUGUAGCGGGACCUCUGCAUCAGCCAAGAGGAAUUAAGCUUUGUCACUCCCCACUGGGACUACCUUUCUCCUGGUAUGUGCGCAAGGAAUUCAUAUGCUGCUGCUCGCCGCCGCAGCCACCCGAGCAGCCCCGUGUACACUUUGCCAGAGAGCAGGGAGCAAGAAUGAUAGCUGUCUCUUUUAAAUGCCGCUGUCAAAUUCUAAGGCGACUUACCAAAGAUGAGAGUCCCUACACUAAAUCUGCCAGCCAGACAAAGCCGCCCGAUGGAACAUUGGCUGUGAGGAGACAGAGCAUUCCAGAGGAAUUCAAGGGCUCCACCGUGGUGGAGCUGAUGAAGAAGGAGGGAACCACUCUUGGCCUGACGGUAUCGGGAGGAAUUGAUAAAGAUGGCAAGCCAAGAGUGUCCAACCUGCGGCAGGGAGGAAUUGCUGCCAGAAGUGACCAGCUGGAUGUGGGUGACUACAUCAAAGCGGUGAACGGGAUCAACCUGGCCAAAUUCCGCCAUGAUGAGAUCAUCAGCCUGCUGAAAAACGUUGGGGAAAGAGUGGUCCUGGAGGUCGAGUACGAGCUUCCCCCAGUCUCUGUACAAGGAUCGAGUGUCAUGUUCCGAACAGUGGAGGUCACGCUGCACAAAGAAGGCAACACCUUUGGUUUUGUCAUCCGAGGGGGAGCGCAUGACGAUAGAAAUAAGUCCCGUCCGGUUGUGAUAACCUGUGUUCGUCCUGGAGGGCCUGCUGACAGAGAGGGCACCAUCAAACCUGGAGACAGGUUGCUCAGCGUGGAUGGAAUUCGCCUUCUGGGAACCACUCAUGCAGAGGCCAUGAGCAUCCUUAAACAGUGCGGACAAGAAGCAACGCUGCUGAUAGAAUACGACGUCUCCGUGAUGGAUUCUGUGGCGACAGCAUCCGGACCACUACUAGUUGAAGUUGCCAAAACUCCGGGUGCCAGCCUUGGGGUUGCCCUAACUACCUCCGUGUGCUGUAACAAACAGGUCAUCGUCAUAGACAAGAUCAAAUCUGCAAGCAUUGCGGACAGAUGUGGCGCGCUACAUGUUGGAGACCACAUCCUCUCCAUCGAUGGUACGAGCAUGGAAUACUGUACCCUCGCAGAAGCCACCCAGUUCCUGGCCAACACCACUGACCAGGUCAAGCUGGAGAUUCUCCCACACCACCAGACCCGCCUUGCCCUAAAAGGCCCUGACCAUGUGAAAAUUCAGAGGAGCGACAGACAACUUCCCUGGGAUUCCUGGGCCAGCAACCAGUGCAGCGUUCAUACCAACCAUCACCAUAACACGCACCACCCCGACCAUUGCAGAGUACCGGCCCUGGCUUUCCCGAAAGCGCUUCCUCCAAACAGCCCUCCGGCUGUGAUACCGUCGUCCUCUCCUACCUCUAUGAGCGCGUACAGUCUGAGCUCCCUGAACAUGGGCACUUUACCUCGAAGCCUCUACUCCACUAGCCCACGAGGAACCAUGAUGAGGAGGAGACUGAAAAAGAAAGACUUCAAAAGCUCACUGUCUUUAGCCUCUAGCACUGUGGGAUUGGCUGGACAGGUUGUUCACACUGAAACCACAGAGGUUGUGCUGACGGCUGAUCCUGUCACGGGCUUUGGAAUCCAAUUGCAGGGCAGCGUGUUUGCCACAGAGACGCUCUCCUCCCCGCCUCUGAUUUCCUAUAUUGAAGCUGACAGCCCAGCAGAGAGGUGUGGUGUGCUACAAAUUGGAGACAGAGUCAUGGCCAUUAAUGGAAUCCCAACAGAAGACAGCACCUUUGAGGAAGCCAAUCAGCUCCUGAGAGACUCUUCCAUCACGAGCAAAGUAACACUGGAAAUAGAAUUUGAUGUUGCAGAGUCUGUCAUCCCAAGUAGUGGAACAUUUCAUGUAAAACUGCCUAAGAAGCACAGCGUGGAACUUGGAAUAACCAUCAGUUCGCCAUCCAGUCGAAAACCAGGGGACCCUCUUGUCAUCUCAGAUAUCAAGAAAGGCAGUGUGGCGCACAGAACGGGAACUCUGGAGCUCGGAGAUAAACUACUUGCAAUAGAUAACAUCCGGCUGGACAACUGCUCCAUGGAAGAUGCCGUCCAGAUCCUCCAGCAGUGUGAAGACCUGGUGAAGCUCAAAAUCCGAAAAGAUGAAGAUAACUCAGAUGAGCAAGAGAGUUCCGGAGCGAUUAUUUACACGGUGGAGCUGAAGCGCUACGGGGGGCCUCUUGGCAUCACAAUUUCUGGAACUGAAGAGCCCUUUGAUCCAAUUAUCAUCUCCAGCCUCACUAAAGGGGGAUUAGCUGAAAGGACUGGAGCGAUCCACAUCGGAGAUCGAAUCCUAGCCAUCAAUAGCAGCAGCUUGAAGGGGAAGCCUCUGAGUGAAGCCAUCCACUUGCUACAGAUGGCGGGAGAGACUGUCACCCUGAAAAUUAAGAAACAGACAGAUGCCCAAUCGGCAUCAAGUCCCAAGAAGUUUCCCAUCCCCGGCCACUCGAGUGACCUAGGAGAUGGUGAGGAGGACUCCUCCCCAAUACAGAAACCUGGCAAGCUCUCCGACGUGUACCCCUCCACAGUGCCCAGCGUGGACAGUGCUGUGGAGUCCUGGGAUGGGUCUGGAAUAGAUGCCAGCUAUGGGAGUCAAGGCUCGACUUUUCAGACUUCAGGAUACAAUUACAACACCUAUGAUUGGAGGAGUCCGAAGCAAAGAGCCAGCCUGUCUCCGGUCCCCAAGCCUCGAAGCCAGACAUACCCAGAUGUGGGCCUGAGUAAUGAAGACUGGGAUCGGUCCACAGCCAGUGGCUUCGCAGGGGCUUCUGACAGUGCAGACGCUGAACAAGAAGAAAACUUCUGGUCUCAAGCAUUGGAGGACCUGGAGACCUGCGGCCAGUCGGGAAUCCUGAGAGAGCUUGAGGAGAAAGCUGACAGGCGUGUGUCAUUGAGAAACAUGACCCUCUUGGCAACAAUCAUGUCCGGGAGCACUAUGAGUUUGAAUCAUGAGGCUCCGACGGCUCGCAGUCAGCUGGGGCGACAGGCCAGCUUCCAGGAACGGAGCAGUUCACGGCCACACUAUAGCCAAACAACUCGCAGCAACACCCUGCCCUCGGAUGUGGGCAGAAAGUCUGUAACCCUGAGGAAAAUGAAGCAAGAAAUAAGGGAGAUCAUAUCCCCAACUCCUGUGGAGCUUCACAAGGUGACCUUAUACAAGGACUCUGGCAUGGAGGACUUUGGAUUCAGUGUGGCAGAUGGCCUGCUGGAGAAAGGAGUGUAUGUGAAAAAUAUCCGGCCAGCUGGGCCAGGUGAUCUUGGUGGCUUGAAGCCCUAUGACAGACUCUUACAGGUUAAUCACGUCCGGACGAGAGACUUUGACUGCUGCCUGGUGGUGCCUCUCAUAGCCGAAUCUGGCAACAAGCUGGACCUAGUUAUUAGCAGAAACCCACUGGCCACGCAGAAGUCGAUAGACCAGCCGGCUCUGCCCAGCAACUGGAGUGAGCAGAACAGCGCCUUCUUCCAGCAGCCCAGCCACGGUGGUAAUCUAGAGACACGAGAACCCACUAACACAUUAUAGCAGUACUUUUAUAGCAGUACAGGGCAAAAGACAAUAUCUACAUGGUGCUAAAAAAAAAACAAAAACAAAAAAACAAAAACCCUUUUAAGAUUUCUGUGACACCCGAAGCACAGAGAAUCACGUGGCAUUAACGCAAGCACAGGGGUCUUUUAAAUCUCCCUCAUGGUUCAUGUUCUCAUCCCUUCCCAACUAGAAGAGGUUUCUUUAAGGAUGACCACGCUGGUAACUGGCGGGUCCUUCUCUGCCGGGCCCAAUGGUAGAGAAUAAAGACUAAGGCAGCCCAACCCUUCCCCCAAUUAAGAUCGGAGGAAACUUUUUACAAUUCACCUUUCCUGUCACUUUUUACGGAGAGAAACAUGUUUGAAAAUAUUCUCUAUGAUAAUUUCCUGAAUGAAAUAAGUUUCUUAUUAUAAAGUCAGUCAUUAGCGUAAGAAUAGGAUCAACAUGGAUUUACAUACAGCUGGCUCUCUAGGAGAGCUAGGAUGGGUGACCGGCCAGGCCUGCCGCAGUGGGAGGGGCACAGGUAUAACACUAGGUUUUCUUAAAAUAUUUCAGCAACAAUGCACGUAGGAGACCAUAAUAGGUGGUGGUAAAUGUUUUGCCCAAAUAUAGGAAUGAUUUUAACUAAGAUGUAUGCUAUUCCCUAUGCAACAGAUGAUCAAACAGGAUAUGUCUUGUGACCUGUUUUUUUUUCCCCCCCUUAAGGACACAUUUUUUUUAAAAAAAAAAAAACCAUAAUAGCUGAAAAAUCUCUGAUAAUGAAUUAGAGUAUGUAGUCACACUGAGAAUUAGUGAUAUGAUCCUAUUUUUAAAAUCGAAGACUAAGAAUUUAAGGAGUGAAGAGGUCUAACGAAAUGAGACUCACUUUAUGGGUAGGCAAAUAGAACUCAUCCAGCUCAGACUGCUUCACCGAGGGGUGCACAGCACACUUACUUACAGCUUUCGUUCGGAGCCACACCCCUUGCUUAACUUGUAAAUACAUUUUCAUAAAGCUCAUUGCCAAUCACUGUCCCCCGAAGCAAUAAACUGUGACAGUUGCUUUAAAUGUUUGUGGGCAACUGUUUUCAUUUGUUCAGAUAUUUUGAAUAGCUACACGAAUAACUGUUAUUUGGUAAAUAUUUAAAGCAAAAAAAAAAAAACUAGAUCUGUAUAUUGAUGGUAGAAUGUCAAAACAAUUCUUUUCCAAACAUGUUCAUUUUUGGUCACUAAUACAACUGCACAGGCAAAACAUCGAAACACUGUGUCCUUUGUUUAAGGGAAAUGAUUCAUCUUUCUUUUUUGUGCAAAGAAAUAUAUGAUUUCAAACACAUUUCUGAACUGCCAGGGCAAGAAAGUAUAGAGCAGAAUCAUGUUAAGAAAAAAAAAUGAUCAUGAGUCACUUAAAUAUGUAUUUUUAUUUGUAACAAACAAGUAUUAAACUGUAAAGUAUUUUUGUACAAAUUUAAUACUUUAAUAGCAUGGUAUUUAUCGUCUAUGUAUGGUUUUGGGGAAUUCAAAAUUGUUGCAAAUAUUUGUAUGGAAAAAAAAAUCCUCUACCAAAUGGAAUAAACGGUGAUUUUAAAGAGCCAAAAUAAAAACAAACAAACAAACAAAAAAGAAAUGACCUGC